AUGUCGGAACCUGAGGAGGAGCUGCAGGGAGAGCAGAGAGAUAGCUCGAAGAAGAAGAAGAAGAGGAAGGAAAAACGAAGCGGGAAGAAGAAGAAGCAAGAGAAGCGGGAACAAGAGGAAGAAGAGGAGCAGGUGGUGGAGGAAGAGGAGCAGAGUGAGUGUGUUGUGCUGCGUGGGAUCUUCAAACUGGGGAAGAAGAGUCACGACGUCCUGCUCACCCGAACCAGGCUGACCUGGACCCCCAUCACGCCAGAGAACCCCACAGGUGAGGCGUGCGUGCUGCAGCCAGGCGUGGUGCUGCUGCAGGACGUGUUUGCGGUGAAGGUGAAGCGGCGGCGAGCGGCGGGCCAGCAGUCCGGGGGAGCCGUGCUCGGCGUGGCUCUGUUCUGCAGCAGGAGGAGAGGGAAGAGGCUGGAGGAGGACACGCUGCACCUCCACAACGCCUCUGCAGAACACACAAACACCUGGUACAACACCUUGAAGGAGCUGCUCACAGGGUUCAGCAGUCGUCCCAGGUAUCUAAAGGUGUUCAUCAACCCCAGCAGCCACAAGAAGGAGGCCGUUCACAUCUACAGAGAACAUGUGGCUCCACUCUUCAAGAUGGCUGACGUCCGCACUGACAUCACCGUGACAGAGAGGAAGGGUCAUGCUCUCUCAGUGAUGAAGGAAUGCAAACUGGAUGAAUAUGAUGGAGUGGUGUGUGUUGGUGGGGACGGUUCGGUGGCAGAGCUGUGUCAUGCUAUGGUCCUCAGAGCUCAGCUGGAUGCUGAUUCCCCAGAGAAGCCAGUGAAACCAGUGCUGCCACUUGGAAUCAUUCCUGCUGGUUCUACAGACGUGGUCUCCUGUUCUGUUCAUGGAGUCAGAGAUCCAGUCACUGCAGCGCUGCACAUUGUCCUGGGUCACCUGCAGCAGGUGGACAUGUGCAGCUUCUCGUCUCUCGGUCAGUUGGUGCGUUUCGGUUUCUCUGCCAUGUUCGGCUUCGGUGGGCAGAGCUUAGCUCGGGCGGAGAAGAAGAGGUGGAUGCGGUCGUCACGACGACGAGAGUACGCUUUGGUGAAGACCCUGGCUAGGCUGAGACCAGAGGACUGUCAGCUGUCCUUUCUCCCAGCAAAGAAGCCAAACAGGAAUUUGUCUGAACAUCGAGACCAGGACCAGGACCAGGAUGCAGAGUCAGAGGGGGAGGGGUCCUGGACGACCAAUCAGGGCCUGUAUCUGAGCAUCAGUAUCAUGUCCAUCCCCUGUCUGAGUCCACACACACCUCAAGGACUGGCUCCCAACACCAGGUUGGCAAAUGGCAGCGCAGCAUUGAUUGCAGUUGGAAACACUUCCAGGUCAGAGUUCAUCAAACACCUGAAGAGAUACAGCAGCUCCAGUGGACAGUUCAGCUUCUCCUUCGUGGAGACGCACACUGUCUCAGCGGUGAGGGUCCGUCCCCGGUCGAUGGUUGGCUGGUCGGAGGAGGAGAGCGACGAAGAGGGUGACUCCAAAACCUCGCCCAUCAUCCAGUCAGAAGGAGCUGCCUUCCCCUGGAACAUCGACGGAGAGCUGGUGGAGAUUGCUAAUGAAGUGCUCGUCAGGGUCCACCCACAGCUCAUCACUCUGUAUGGGGAGGAGGUGGACGAGGCUGAGUCAACCGCCUCCUGCAGCUGCAUCUGAAUCCAGCAGGGAAUGCAGCUGUGUGUGUUUGGAUCAAGACACGUCACCAUAGCAACCAAAACAACUCAACAGUGCCCUCUCUAGGCCAUUACUGUUUUCAUGGCGACGUGAACUAAUGUAGAAGUUUAAUUCACAGUAGCAAAAGCACAUAAAUAUAGCAGCAGAGCAGCUUCCUGUUUACAACGCGUACAUUAAAGCUGCAACAUGAGUUGAUUUU